AUGUCGAGCAAGGAGGAGCUGGCUGCCUUGAUGGCAUCCGACGGUGACUUCGAGAAGAAGAUAUCGUUGCUCAAGAAGGCGGUUGUCACGGUCACGAAGCAGAAGAAAGAGGUCGAGGCCCGUCACGCUCAGCUGCAGGGGGAGCUGAGCACCGCGACCCAGCAGCUGGCAGAGGCGCAGCGGGCGAACGCCGCCCUACAGCGAAAAGUGAAGUCUCUUGAAGCGCAGCUAGAGCAAGAGCGCAGCAGUGGGUCAGCGUUUGGCCAGAACAUGUUGAAGGGCUUGUCCUCAAUCAUGGGCAGCAGUGACAGCACCAACCGUGGUGGCGCUCGCGGUGCAGCUAAUGACCAGCUGUCUUUGUCCCCGGCGGAUGUAGAGCGACUCAUCAGCGAGAAUGAGCAGUUGCACCGCCAGAUAUACACCUUCAAGACGAAACUCGAAGACGCGCAACACUCCAGCGCGAGGGAUGCGGAGAAGCUGAGGAGCGAGGCUGCACGUCUGCAGCGCGAGACGCAUGAGCUGCGCUGCUCCCUUGAGGCAACCACCGCCAACGGUGACCGUCUUCGCGCCGACUACCUCACCGAGCGGGCUUUGGGCGACUUCUGCCGACACUUCUUCGUGGCCACGCUGCUCCGACCGCAGCAGGAGCGGGAAUCGCUCCUGGCAGGUACUAAAGUAGAGGUGCGGUGGCCUGCCAAAGGGCCGUCGUCGAAUUCGGCGGCCGCCCCCUUUUCGGACUCUCUACCGACAGUGGUGCGCGAGCGUGCUGCCCUCACCCUGCGGAGUGCCGCCGGUACCGUCAAGACGCUUCUGCGCGGCGUCUCGGUGCUUGCAGUGGUGCUGCAGGAACAGCUGCCUUCGCGGGAGCGAGCAACUGUGGGGGACUUGGAGUGCCUGCGUGACCGGCUCUCCGUAUUUCUGGAGGCGCACACGGCCAAGAAAGACCGUCUCAUGUAUCUCCUUGGGCAGCUGGACAGCCAGCUGUCGGCGCUGCAGCACGCUGAUGAGGAAGGUUGCUCCGCCCCUGUCUCGUCUGAUGCCUUUGUUGAGGCUCAGAGCAAUAUUGUGCAGCUCGUUUUGGAGUGGGUCGGUCUUCUCCGGGGACAGCUUCCGCUCCUCGUAGAGAGCUGUGUUUCAAUGCUGCCGCAUGGUCACUCCUACACUAUGCACACCGCACACGUCAGCGCCGGCUCCGGCGACGGUGCUGCUGCGCCACAAAAGACGACAGCAGAGCGCGGCGAAUUUGUCGAGGAGGUCACAAGGCACGGCUAUGCCACCCUGGCGUCCAUUGAAGGGGCGCUUACGGCGAUGCGCAUGCUCGUCCAGCGCUCACCCACCGCGUACUACCGCUGCUACAAUGACGGCGACCUACGAGGUGCAACACCGGAACCGACCACUUCCAAGGAAACGCUCAGCUUCACCUCCUCGUUGGGAGCUACGCAGCCGCCCAUUGAUCUUUUCUCGCUGCUCGCGCUGCAGCAGUUCUGGUGGGAGGGCUGCACCUCGGUACGUUCUCUGCGCGCGUCGAUUCGGGCGCUCAACAGCGGCUUAGGUGACGUGGCGGAGGCCUGCAACAAGAGCGAGAUCCGCGACGCUCUGAACUACCUUUGCAAGUGCCUCGAGGCUAUAGCGGCGGCUUCAGAGGAGAUGAACGGCUCAUCUCGAUUGGCGCCAGCCGAUGCGGAUGCAGCCAUCGCCGCGCUGGCGCCUGAGGCGUUUGCUUCUCGUUUGCCUGCCCAUGCACCAUCGAGUGAAGCGUUGCCGUGGACUUUUCGUCCCAGAAUUUCUAUCGCCACGUCUUCACCACCAGCAGCGGAAAGCGUGCGUGGCACCGCCUGCGCUGACACAUACGAAGAGCUUCUUGUGGCACUAUCGGCUGCCGAUCGCGCAGCAGCUAGCUAUUACACGCAAAUGAACGACCUGUACGUGGAGAUGGCCGAGAAAGAGGAUGCUGUGCAGACAGCGCUGGAGGCGGUCGCGCAUCUGCAGCAACUCAUCAUAGCAGAACGCGCGGAGGCGAAGCACACGCGCCAAGCCCUACAGAGCCAAAUCAGUCUACUGUCAACGCAACUGGUCGAAAUGGCUGGUGCACCGGCCGCACAAUCACUGCAGUAG